GCGGCCGCCGCCCGCCCGCCRCGCUCUCGCCUGACCGCGGCGCCCGCCCCGGCCACCCCGCCCGGUCCCGGCCGCCCGCGGCCGAGAUGCCCGCCCUCCGGGGCCCCGGCGGCCCGCGCCCCUGCUAGGCUGCGGCGGUAUGGCCCGCGCGCCCGGCGCGACCUCUGCGGAUUGCAUCGGUGUGCGGCGGCGGGGCAUGCCCAGGGCACCGGGCACGGCCUUCAAUGGGCGAGGACACGGACACGCGGAAAAUUAACCACAGCUUCCUGCGGGACCACAGCUAUGUGACUGAAGCCGAUAUCAUCUCCACCGUCGAGUUCAACCACACUGGGGAGCUGCUGGCCACAGGCGACAAGGGCGGCCGGGUUGUCAUCUUCCAGAGGGAACCRGAGAGUAAAAAUGCUCCCCACAGCCAGGGUGAGUAUGAUGUCUACAGCACUUUCCAGAGCCACGAGCCAGAGUUCGACUAUCUCAAGAGCUUGGAGAUAGAGGAGAAGAUCAACAAGAUCAAGUGGCUCCCGCAGCAGAACGCUGCGCACUCGCUGCUGUCCACCAACGAUAAAACUAUCAAAUUAUGGAAGAUUACCGAACGAGAUAAGAGGCCCGAGGGCUACAACCUGAAGGACGAAGAAGGGAAGCUUAAGGAUCUGUCCACGGUGACGUCGCUGCAGGUGCCUGUGCUGAAGCCCAUGGACCUGAUGGUGGAGGUGAGCCCGCGCAGGAUCUUCGCCAAUGGCCACACCUACCACAUCAACUCCAUCUCUGUCAACAGCGACUGUGAGACGUACAUGUCCGCGGACGACCUGCGCAUCAACCUCUGGCACCUGGCCAUCACCGACAGGAGCUUCAACAUCGUGGACAUCAAGCCGGCCAACAUGGAGGACCUCACGGAGGUGAUCACGGCCUCGGAGUUCCACCCCCACCACUGCAACCUCUUCGUCUACAGCAGCAGCAAGGGCUCCCUGCGGCUCUGCGACAUGCGGGCGGCGGCCCUGUGUGACAAGCACUCCAAGCUCUUUGAGGAACCCGAGGACCCCAGCAACCGCUCCUUCUUCUCGGAAAUCAUCUCCUCGGUGUCAGACGUGAAGUUCAGCCACAGCGGCCGCUACAUGCUCACACGGGAUUACCUCACGGUCAAGGUCUGGGACCUGAACAUGGAGGCGAGGCCCAUAGAGACCUACCAGGUCCAUGAUUACCUUCGGAGCAAGCUCUGUUCCCUGUACGAGAAUGACUGCAUCUUCGACAAGUUUGAAUGUGCCUGGAACGGCAGUGACAGUGUCAUCAUGACGGGGGCUUACAACAACUUCUUCCGCAUGUUUGACCGCAACACCAAGCGGGACGUGACCCUAGAGGCCUCGAGGGAGAGCAGCAAGCCCAGGGCCGUGCUCAAGCCACGGCGCGUGUGUGUGGGUGGCAAGCGGCGGCGGGACGACAUCAGCGUGGACAGCCUGGACUUCACCAAGAAGAUCCUGCACACGGCCUGGCACCCAGCCGAGAACAUCAUUGCCAUCGCGGCCACCAACAAUCUCUACAUCUUCCAGGACAAGGUCAACUCCGACAUGCACUAGCAUGCAAGGCCCUGGCUGUCCCAGCCYGACUCUUGCAGAUUGUCCCCGACCUUCAGCAGCAGUGCAGGAGGAAGGUCAACUCCAGAGGUGGCCAUGGGGGACACGGGUGACUUGGGCCUAGUUUCCCUAGACUAGUGUCAUGACGAUGACCAUUUAAGAGAAGAAAGGACUCAGGGCCACAGGUGGUAACAUGGGCGUGACUGCCAAGUCUCAGUUCAGGGUCCCUUCAUUCAGGAAGCUUCCUGCCUCGGCCUGCGGUCUUUCCACAUUUUUAGGACUUUUCAUGUGUCUGGGUUAAUUUUUCAUGCCCGCAGGUCCUUCCAGGAGGAGCAGGAGCUGGUCCCUGAUCUGGCUCUGGGGACAUCAGGCUCUUUGGACUGUGAAUGGAGCAGCUUGCCCAUCUCAGACGGUCCCACCUGGGUCUCUCAGGUGGCGAAUUCCUGCUGAGACUUUGCAGAUGCAGGCUCUGGCCCUGGUCUCUGAAUGGUCGUUAGCCCAGGCCAGCUGGUCCGGUUUCCUGAGACGAAGCGUGGGCCUGGCACCCUCUCCUCAUCAUCUGGCUCUGCCCAGCAGAGCGGCUGUUGCUUCUGGGAGUGGCACAAGCCGGAGGUGCACCUGGCCUGAGCUGCGGCACCUCCACCUCUUCCCUCCACACUCACGGACGUUUUUCCUGAACAGACACUGGCUGCAGCCUGUGGACUGUAUUAUUCCUCUCUCUCGACCACGAGGUGGGUGUCUGUUCACUUCCUCCACAAGCAGAACUGCUCCCGAGUGCCCUGCUGCAAGGGGCUGUGGGUAGGGAUAAAGGUGAGCAGUACMGUCCUCUUUUGUACAUGGGGACACCGAGGCUCUGUGCAGACAGGCAAGUUGCCCAAGGCAGGAACCCACCAAGUGGCAGGGUCAGGGAUCCCUCUGGGUCUUCUCACAGGCUCUUUAUGGGCCAUCAWUCUGAUGGAAGGUUCUGGAAGGGGACACCUCUCCAUCUUAUGAAGAGGAGAGUAGGCAUCUGUGUGACAGGGAAGAUGGAGAAGCUGGUGGCUGCUCUCUCUGGGUGGCGAGGUUGUGAGCUGUUCUUGAACUCUGGGCUCCACCUGGGAUGUACCUGCUCCUCCUCCCAAAGACAGGACCAUGCAUGUCGUGACCAUUAGGGUAUUUUCUUUGAGGAUCACACACAGUCCCAGAGGGCACUCAGAGGAUGUAAACCCUGCUCUGCCAAGACCAGAGCCCUGACCUGCAGUGUCCUCCCAUGGAAUUCGGCAGGACCACGUGGCUGGGCAUCUCCAUUGAGAAAGCWGGGAGCAGCGGGAGCCGGCCGAACCCAGCUGCAUCCCUUAUGACUUGGACUACAACCCAGGAAACAGACUCCGCUGAGGUCUCAGUGCAUUACGGAAAGCUUGUGUGUGUGUGAAAGCACAAAACGCAUGUCCUCUCACUUCCAGCCAUGUUAUUCACACACAGAAAUGGGUCCAUUGGUCUUUUUCUUUUUUUUUUAACAAUGUGAAUGAAGAAUGUUUGUUUAUAUGUCACUACAAAAUCCAGGCAGCCUGGACAGUAUUAUAUGUACAUAUUUAUCCUAAUUCAGUUUAACAAUCAAAGGAUCAGGUGACCUUCCUGCCCUGUGAAGAGGUUCGAGAAUGUGGUGAGUGUAUAGUGAUCCGUGGAYGCCGAAGCCCAGCACUCAGCUCGGGGACCUUGGCCUCCUUCCUUGARGCCUGCCUUUGAAGCUAGCAGUCACUGUCCAGCCACAGGGUUAACAUUGACCUGAUCUUCAUCUUCAAAGGGGGUUCUUAAGUGCAGUUCCUCUGUCCUUACUUCUUCAGUUUUAAACUUUGGGUACCAAACCAAAAAGAAGAGAAAGACAGAAAAAGGU